AUGCACUACGCCAACCUUUGCACCCUUUUCGUUCUGGUGGCAUUGCGCACCCCUGCCUCUGCUCUUCCAAGAUCAAAGGCUGGGUGUCAAAAUGCUGCAACUGGCAAGGCGGUCUAUGUCAUCACGAACGCUGCACAGAACGCCAUCGCUGCUAUGCCAAUUAGUGCCAAAGGCACCCUGGGCAAUGCGACGAUUACUUCUACGUCAGGGCAGGGAUCUGUCGCUCUCGAUGCGGACGGCAAGCCAGCAACACCUGAUGCGCUUGUGGGACAGUCGGCCUUGACCAUUGCAGGCCAGCACAUCUUCACCGUUAAUGCGGGGUCGAACACCGUCUCCAUGCUUGCUAUCUCACCGAACGAUCCACUGAAACUGCAGAUGGUCGGCCAGCCGGCUGCAGUUCCUGGAACCUUCCCCAAUACCGUUGCCGCAUCCGUCAAGAACUCUAUGGUCUGCGUUGCGACUUCUGGAUCACAAGCCGGCGUCUCCUGCGGCAUGUUUGACGCCGUGAAUGGCAUCGGCGAAAUGACUCCCAUCGGUACCUUCGACCUCAACCAAUCUGAUCCGCCCGUUGGCCCGACCAACACCGUCUCUCACACGUUCUUCUCCGCCGACGAGUCAAUGCUCUUCACCACCGUGAAAGGGGAUCCUGCUGUCAACAACACCGGUUUCCUCAGCGUUGUUCCUGUUCAGAUGAGUAAGAAUGGCGAUUGCUCAUCAAUGGUCGGAAAAGAGACACGUUCUAGUCCCAACGGCACUGCCGUGCUCUUCGGCUCCACCCCAAUUCCAGGCGCCAAUCCUCCCCAGAUCUUCGCCACCGAUGCAUCCUUCGGCGCCGCCAUUCUCUCUGUCGAUGGCUCUUCCCAGACCACCACUCUCGCGAGCCAAGCAAUCGACGGACAAAAAGCUACCUGCUGGUCUACAAUCUCUUCGGUGACAAACAGCGCCUUCGUCACUGACGUUGGCGUGAACCACAUCGUCGAAAUGAGUCUCAAGGACGCGAGCAUCAUUGGGCAGAUCGACCUAAGCCAGCAACAAGCGAGUGCGGCCGAUCCAGGCCUGAUCGACCUGAAGGCUUCGGGCAACUUUUUGUACGCUCUUAGCCCCGGUAAUGGAACGAGCCAGGCUGCAAUCAGUGUGUUGAACGUCAAGAGCAAACAACUGGUACAGCACGCUGAGCUUGGCGCCAUCGGCGUCGGAUCGACGGCACAGGGAAUGGCAGUGUUGGCCUAA